GAUGUUAAAAUCUUUGAAAGAGCGCCACCGCUUCAAACGUAAAAUGCCGAAAAGUGUUUUCUUUGUCGUAAGCUUGCAACAUCGAAAACAACAGUAUAAACUGCGUAGGAUUUUAAUUUAUUUCCUGGGACAGCGGCGUUACCUGGGGCAAUGGCAGCGUCUUCUUCCUCAUCUUCUGCGGGAGGUGUGAGCGGCAGCUCGGUGACAGGCUCUGGAUUCAGUGCUUCAGAACUCAUCCCUCCAAGGAAAGUCCUGUAUACCUAUCCCAAAGGAGCAGGUGAAAUGAUGGAAGACGGCUCUGACAGAUUUUUAUGUGAGUCUGUGUUCAGCUACCAAGUUGCUUCGACAUUGAAACAAGUGAAAAAUGAUCAACAAAUGUCGAGAAUGGAGAAACUUGCAAGUCUGGUGGAGGAGUUGGAAGCAGACGAGUGGCGGUACAAACCGAUAGAACAGCUAUUGGGAUUCACACCAUCUUAAAUAAAGAGAUUCAGAUACCUUUGGUUAAUAAAUCAGCCAAAUAGGAUGAAACAGAAGGACAUGUUUUAUUUCAUCUUAUUAAUUAUAUUUCUCCUUUACAGGUUUAUUCUGUAUCAUAAGUGUGAGAUGUGUUUUUAGAGAUACUGAAUGCUAGAUAUAUAUAUUUUUUAUUACUUUUACCAUUCUGUUUACUUAUUUGUUUUUCUUUUCAAAAAAUCCUGACCCAAUAAAGUGAAACUUUUGUCAUCUAAUUCUUAUAUAAAUACCAAACUCACAAUGUAAAAUUUAGAUGAUUAUUGACAGAUUUUACUUUUUUUUCUUUUUCUUUUUCCUGUGUGAGGCAAUUAAAAGUUAAUUCUCUAUCUGUUUUUAACCUCAGUGUUAAACCAAGUAAUAUCUGUGGUAAUAAAUCAUUUCUGUGAAGCAUUGUGUUUCCACAUGGCUGUAACUCAUAAAUCUAAAAAACCUGCUGCCUGCUCUGCCUCCUCCUCACUCCAUUGGUCCUCAUCGCUCCUCGCUGGAAAAACAGCACUUGGAGCAAAACAAAGAGAGCUUGUAAAUAAAGUCGGACUUGGACAUUUUUGGCAUUAGUUGCUGUUUGUUUUUCUUGGUGUUUUGUAGUUUGUCUUAAUCCUCCCCAACAAGUUAAGUUUUUCAAAAUGUUUCUGCUUUUAUUCAUCUUGAUUAAUUUCAUAGAGUUCUUUUUUUUCACAGGAAGAAAAACAAUCAUGAAAAUAACAGUGUUCUGCAAAGUAAAUGAUUGUCUUCAAACAAACAAAAGUUGGGAACACA